UUUCCCACAAUGCACUGAAUUAGUUUCCGCUUUCGUCUUUCUCAGCGGUCUGCAGUAGAGGAAGCUGGAGACGGAGAGCUACAUCAAACAGUACUGAGUGAUUGGCCUCAUGGCAUCAAAAAGCCACCCAGAAGCCCAGCAUGCCCUGCCUGCACGAACAGCAUUAUUCCAACAGAGGGAUGGUAAAACAUAUAGGAUUCCUGCUCUAAUCUACAUCAGUGAUGCUCAGACAUUCCUUGCCUUUGCAGAAGAGCGCAGCACUCCACGUGACAGUGAUGCAAAAGUGUUGGUCAUGAGGAGAGGAUUACUGCUAAAUGGAUCCCUUCAGUGGUCUCCUGCUCAAACACUCUCUUCUGCUCGUUUGCCGGAUCAUCGCACCAUGAAUCCAUGUCCAGUCUAUGAGAGGAAAUCCAAAACCAUCUAUCUGUUCUUUGUCUGCAUAUUGGGCAAAACCACAGAGUUUCACCAGAUUGCUACGGGUAGAAACCAAGUACGGCUGUGUUAUGUUACUAGUACAGACUAUGGGCAAAACUGGAGCAAGUUAACAGAUUUAACAAAUAUUGUUGGAGAUGAGAUUUGCAACUGGGCUACUUUUGCAGUCGGACCAGGACAUGGUAUUCAGAUGAAAAGUGGAAGACUAAUCAUUCCAGCUUAUGUUUAUUAUAUACAUUGUAGGUGUUUUCCUUUUCAUUUUCCACUCAUAGUCAGGCCUCAUGCUUUAGCUUUCUUUAGUGAUGACUGUGGUGUCACCUGGAAGAUGGGAGAAAAAAUCCCAAUGAAAUCCUGCGAAUGUGAGAUGGCUGAGAUCAUAGACCACUCUGAUGGGAGUCAUCUGUACUGCAACGCCCGUAGUACAUGUGGCCACAGAGUGGAGGCUUUAAGUGAGAGCAGGGGGGAGGCUUUUGACAACCCUCAUGUUGCUCAGAAACUCGUGGAGCCCCAUCAUGGCUGCCAGGGUAGUGUGUUGAGCUUCCCUGUGCCCGAGCCAUUGGAAGAAGUGGAGAAGAGCCCAAAUGAUUGCUUGACACAGUCAGACACAAAAACAUGGUUACUCUAUUCCCAUCCAACAAAUAAAAAGAAAAGGAAGGAUCUUGGAGUUUACUUGAACAAAUCACCCUUGAAAACGUCUGGUUGGUGCCAACCAUGGAUCAUCCAUAAGGGUCCCAGUGGAUAUUCAGAUUUGACACAGUGUGAGGAGGAGCGAUUUGCCUGCCUCAUGGAGUGUGGAGAGAAAAGCGAGAUUGAGGAAAUAGCCUUUGUGGAAUUUAAACUCAGCAGUAUAUUGUGCACUUGAAAUGAUGAAAGUACUUUCUGUGGCAAGUUUAAAAUGAAUAACUCUCCCCAAAAUGAAAAUUUGCCUAAAAUUAGUACAUCCUCAGGCCAUCCAAGAUAUAAAUGAGUUUGUUACUUCAUCUGAACAAAUUUGGAAUAAUUUCGCUUAAUAUCAAUUUGUUCACAAAUGGAUCCUUCAGUAAAUGGGUGCGUCAGAAUUAGAGUUCAGACAGCUGAUUAAACACAAUCAUUCAAAAGUAAUCCAUAACACUCCAGUCCAUCAAUUAUUAUUUUGUGACAUGAAAAGCAGUUUGUCAUAAACAAAUCCUUCAUUAAGAUGUUUUGACUUUUAAACCAUUGAAUCAGUCCUCUUUACUGUAUCAGAAGAGAAAUUGACUUGCAAUGGUUAUGAGAACAAUUCUAAAUGAUUGUUUAAUUUAAUUAAUACUUCAUCAGCUCUUUGGACUCUAAUUCUGAUGGCACCCAUUCACUGAAGAUGAUCCAUACGUGAAAAAUGUAGGUAAUGCAAAAUUUCUCUGAAUCUGGUGCAAUGAAGAAACAAGCUCAUCUACAUCUUGAGAGCGAGGGUGAGUACAUUCUGGAUGCAAAAAAAAUUUGAAUUCAGAUAAAUUUAUCUGAGGUGAAGUCCCAGCAUCUCUUAAAAUAUGGAGCUGUUAUGGCUUAAAAAAAUUAAGCAGUUAAUGUCAUAAUUAAAUCAUGCCUUAAUACAUGUCUUAGGAAUGCUUAACCUUGUAUGUAUGUAUUUAUUGUAGGCAAAUGCCUAUUAUUUGCAUGUUGACCUUUGUUAAAGGACUGUAUGAUGGUCACUACUCAUUUCUAUGUCAUAUGGGCAGCUUAAUUAUGUUGGAUUGUGUAGACUUAUUUUGAUUCAAUAUUUCACUGAUACAGACUAGCGUUAUUAAAAUAUAUAGUAUGAUUUAAGUUUAAUCUGGUCAUGCUUUUAAUCAAAAUUUACUGAUUGUGUUGCAUGAUAUAAUCGGCAGCCAAAUAAUACUGUAUACUAUAUUUUUACUAUUAAGUGUGUCUUUUGGCCUUUUUAUGGCAAGGUCAUAUAUAUAUAUAUAUAUAGUAUUUUUGUCACAUAUAUUGAUAAGAUCGCAGUGUAUAUAAUAUUGAUAUAAUUUUAAAUUGUUUCACAACUUGUUCAUAAUUUAGCAAAAUUUCAGGAAUUUUUUCACUAUUUAUCUUAUAUUUUGUUUGUCAGUAGGAUGCGAUCUUAAAUUGUAAGCCCUGUAACCAUGACUUUGAAAAGUAUACAAAUCAUUUAAAAACUGGAUAUUUGUUGAAAUAUCAUUUUAAUAAACACCUUGAACGAACAAACUGGUGUUUCAAAUGUUAAAGACAUUCAGUUAAAAAUAGGAAAGCAGCUAUUUUGUGGAAUGACCCUGUAACUAAGUUACCUCUGACCUAUUACUCUUGCAGUCGCAACGAAAUAAGAGUCUGCAUGUGUUUGGUUUAGUCAGUGGUUAAGUAGCCUGCAGCCACUUUAUUUUUCAUGUAAGCAAAUUAAAAACUAUAAUGUGUCAGAUUUCCAGUAAAGCACUUCUGCUAAUAGUAGUUGUAUUGUGAUUCAAUAGUUUCACGAUGAUUUUCACGAUUACUAGCUAUCCUGUGUCAUUUAUAAAAGGUUUAGUUUGUAUGUAGCCAGUGUUUCUGUUACCUAAAUAAGUCACAUACAUCAGUGAAAAUGUUAAUAUUGUAAUCAAUAUAAUUUGUAAUUGGUUAUAUUACAUAAAAUGGUGCAUAAACCUUAAAGUAGUGUUCUGAUGCAGUCUUUUUGGACAUAGGUCAGCAGCUACUCCAAGAAUAUAAUUUUUACAUUUGGAUAAGAAAUCAUGUGUCUCAUCGUCACCAAUGUUAUAUGGCUUUGAUUUGCUUUUGUGAUGUUUUCACAUAUAUUGAUGAUCAUGUAAAGUCACUGUCUGUUUCAGACUGGGUGAGAGAGCUGAAGUCACUGGUACAGUAGCUGAUCAUUGUAUGAACUGGACAUACAUGUAAGCUGUUCUCAUCCAGAGACAAUAAAUAUCUCAGACACUCA